AUGUGGCGAGCCCGUGCCAAAUGUUUGCGUUCACAAGGUCAUGCAGUGGCCUCGUCAGGGUCCAGCAAUGCUGACUUCGCUUCGAGCCUGCUUGAUCGUUUGGGGGGAGGCCGCGAAAGUGCAAUAAGCGCUGUUCAACAAGCCCAAGCUGUUGUGAAGGAGGCAGGGGAAGCAAAUUGCCAUCCUGUGACCAACCGCAUAGCCAAGAUCGCCCGUGUCAAUGAGAAAGUUCACCAUCGGGAUCUUUUCAGAUUCAUUCGCUUGCCUUUGGACACAGUUUGGGUGGAGUGCCCAGUCUGCGAUGCUGGAUCUGACCCUGCGUUUCAAGCUGUGUAUGAGCAACCUCUUCCAAUGUACGACCCACAUGAGAUGUUGGACUACUUGUACUCCACUGGUCGCAUUUGGGUCUCCGAUGAUGAAAUUCAGAGAUACUGGCAUCAUUGGACUACCGUGGCUGAUGCUGAUUGGGCGCGUCGUCACCCAGGUUCAAAUGGUGAGCACUUUUUGUUCUUCAUAGUAUCAUCGGCCAUAGCAGUGGGAGUCUAUGGAGUCGACACUAUGAGACCUAUCCUCAAAAGAGCUGCGUGGAGCUUGAAGUUGGCAUUGCAGGGGAGGCGCCCGCAGGCAAACAUAGCUUCUUCUGAAGGGUUUGAACUCACCCGACGGGAAAAACUUUCUGCUGGCAGUACUAUGUCCACCAAGUUUGCAGUCACCGAGUUCAAGGGCGAUUGGGCAUGGCACAAAUUCUUUUUUGAAAUCGAGCCUUACUGGAAGCGCGGGGACAUUUGUUAUCGUUGCCACGCUGCCCGGAUAUCCAGGUUUGGCCAUCUAUUCACAGACUUUGCAAUGGAUUGGAGCCAACUUGCUCGAAGCACCCAUGAUUUCCUCACGAACUGCAUUCCUGCACAGCAGAACCACCUGGUCAACAUCCCUGGGUUUCAUGUUGAUAUGCUGAGACAUUGCUCCAUGCAUGUCUGCAACCUUGGUCUAUUUCAUGUGUUGAAUGCUGAAGGGCUGACAAUUCUUGCAGAACACCGUGCUUCGAGAAGGGGCUGCACCUUUCGAGAGUCUUUAGACCACCUCUAUGCAGAGUUUCGACAGUUUUGCACCAGGAACAAAAUCAAAUGCUCGCAAAGGAGGUUCAAACUUCACAGUGUUUCAGCCAAAGGACUACCUGAAUACAUCGUUUUGAUCACAAAGGCUUUCAACGCUAGAGUGAUUCUGGGCUAUGUAGCCGAUGCUUUGAGCAAGGCACGGGAUGAGUUGAUGCGCCAACGGCCCAUGGAAAGUCACAACACGUUUGUGAAUCGAAAGCAGCUGUGGUCUAUUGGACUUGCAACAGUGUGUACCUUUGCGGAGUGGCAACGCUUGACGGAACUUUUCCCUAUCAUGUACCUGACUAGCUCCCAGAGCCAACAGCUUCACGAUCUUGCGCUACAGGGCUGUCACUUUUGGCUUGUCGGCCCGGGCGACGCCUUGCGCGACUUCUUCGUGGCGUCGCUCGCCGGGCGGCGCUGCGUCGUGCCGGACGGCGUCUGGCGCGAGGCGCCCGUGGCGGAGCUCUUCGCCAGCGGCCUCGACGGGCAGCGGCAGCGCCGGGAGCGGACGUUGGGCAAGGCCUAUCGGCACUUCAGCAGUGCCGGCGUGUCCCCAGAGGCGGCCUUUCAGCUCCUGGACGCCGACGGCGACGGCGAGGUCACCGCGCACGACGUCGCGGAGGCGGAGGCCGCGCGGCGCUUGGAGCUGCCCAAGGACCGGCUGAGGCUCUUUGAGACCUUGGACACGGCCAAGCGUGGCUCCAUCAGCGCGGAGGAGUGGAUGGCCGCAUUUGAAAUUACUCGGCCGCCGCCCGUGGUGAAGCAUAUGGGAGAGCCUUUGCCACCACCAGAGGGCUUGCCAUUGGACGUGUUGCGUCGCAUGGUGAUCGAGUUGGUGAACCACAGCAGCUUUUCGCCUCUGUGGACCUCCGAAGGGAUGCUCUGCCGAAAGCAUGUGAGCAUUUGGGCACCAGAGCAGUUGGUGUCUGGUCUCAUGCGGGUCACAGCGCUGAAAGUGAGCCUGGGCCACUAUGCCAACCGCGGGUUCUCCGAUGCCCGGGGGGGCGAUGCUUUGGGCGUGGGACGCCGCUCCAUCCUGCAGGUCCGCGAUCGUCGGGCCUUCAGGGGGCUCUCUUCGGACGAGUACCUCCAAGCGGUGGCGGAUCACUAUUGCCCGCUGCCCACGCGCUGGCGCCAGGUCUGGCACCAGACCCGCGGCACCGCUCUCUACCUUUGGCGGCCGUGCCCGCCGAGCGAUGCCUUCGUCGCGCUGGGCAUGGUGGCCACCUUGAGCUCCGAGCCGCCGCCGCUCAGCGCCGCCCGCUGCGUUUGCAAGAGCUUCUGUCGCCCGAGCACGGAGGUGCCGCUGCAACUCUGGGACGACAGUGGAAGCGGUGGGAAGCCCGCGUCCUUUUGGCUCGUGAACUCGGCGCAGGUCUUAUGGGCUUCGGUGGGCCACAACCCACCCCACGAGACCUUCUGGGAGUUGGCUGCCGAGAGCAUCACCUUCGACUACUUGGGUCGUCCCUCGCUGCACGUCGUUCACGAUCUGCAGCCGCCCGGCACGCCACGAAACACUGAAGUGGAAGUGGAGACAUCCUCCUGGUCUUUGACGAAUCUCUUUUCCUCGACCAAUCGUCGUAAAUCCUGA